AUGUGCUCGACGAUUUUGUCACUGGGAAAGCUGAAAAUGAAAGAUCUGAAGUCGUAUUAUCUCCAGGUAACCACCAUUUUCUGAUUUGGAGUAAAAUAAAAUUCAAAAUAUUUAAGAAUUUAUUUUCAGAUAGACAUGGAAUUCGACAAUCGCAAAAAUUGCCCGCAUGCCAUGCUAAACAAAUUAUGUCGAGAUUUAUUGAGUCUUGCUGAAGGAUUUGGUGGCUGCUUCGCUGAACCGCAAAACGAUCUUUCAACAAUUCACCUAAUUUCCAAACAGGAAACAAUUGACAGCGAAAGAUUCAAAGAUUUUUUCAAAGACCAACGAAUAUUCAUCAAAUUGGAAAACCCAUGCGAUGGUUUUUCAAUCGAAAAAUGCUUCAAAUUCACCUUCAUCUAUUAUAUGGAAAAAAUGAAAUGGUUCAAAAUGUCUGAUUCGCUUGUCCAACACGGAUUUUUAUCAUGGAAAUUGACAAAUCUUCCAAGAAUCUGUAUCAAAGUUCAUUGCACCAGCGAAUCCGAGAUUUUUGUGAAAUUCGACGCUGAAUUCAUCAGAAUUUUCCCAUUUGAGCACUGGCUUUUAGAAAAAUCGGAAAGAUUCGAUGAGAAGGCGAUAAAAACAGGCCCAAUUUCAAAAACAAUCAAACCUCGUUGGGUAACAUGUCUGCCGAAAUUGGGACGUGGUCAAAUCAUCAAAAUUCAUCGGAAAAUCCCAACUUCCUCUCCCUUCGAAUCAUACAAUGAGAUCAAAGCAUAUUGGAAGAACACGGUAUGAAAUUUUUUAUUUUGUAUUGCAGUGUCCAAAGUAAAAAAUAUAGCAAAAAAUGCGAGAAUAUAUCGUACAAAGCUCGCCUUAUAUUCGGAAUAUAUACCAGAGAAAUAGUGUGUGUAUUCGAGAGACGCAGACACGAAACAGAGAAAUAGUGUGUAUAUUCGAGAGACGCAGACAGUUAGACUUUGGACGAUAUAUUUUCGCAUUUUUUGUUAUAUUUUUUACUUUGGACACUGCAUAUCAAACUUUUUUAUAAGUAUCCAGAAUUAUUUUCAGUGCGGAUAUAUAUUGCCAGCCGAAGAACCCGAAGUCUAUUACGAGGUGCUUUUCCAAAACGGCGAAAAUAUGUUGUAUCCAUUUUUCUGCGUUCUAACUGGCCCACCGGAAACAAUGCAAGUUCGUAUGAAUGCUAAACAGCUACAAGAAUGUUUGAAAUCAUUUUUGAAGGAUUUGGAAAAUGCAAAGAUUUUUAUAACUGGUGUGCAAUUGAAGCGUAAGUAUUUUGUGAAAUUUCAGGGUAUAACCUUUAUUUUCUUCCAGCGAUAAAGAAGGAAUGUCAAACUGUGAAGCGAUAUUUAGAAGUUCUAUCCCUACCGACUUCUGGAAGAAUGAAAAAAGUCGAAAAAGUCAGCCGAUCUGCUGAAAAACGGCCAGCCUCUCCUGUCAAAAUAUAUCCGAUGCAGCGAAAAAGAAGACCAGGUUCGAAUAUUUCUGUAGAUUAG